AUGGCUCAGAAGACCAAAACGCAUCCUAGGGAGAGGUCUGAUGACCAUAGCACGUUCGAUUAUCAGCAUUACUUGGAGAGGCCGCUGAAGGUGUAUCGAAAGUAUGCCAGCAAGUUAUUCUCGCAACUAGCGAGAUACAUCAGGACUCAUCAAUAUAAUAAGCUGUAUAUGAAAUUGAGCAGCGAGGCGCAUCUCGGGCAAGACCCCGCCAAGCCGUCCGCGAUCCUAUGCCUUGAUGAGGCACGAGGUUUCUUUGACCCGCGUUUUCCAAAGGGCACAGGCUACGAAGACCGAUUUCUCGGAUUCCGACCGGCCCUGAGAUACCAAAGCAAAGUCUCGGACUCGGAAAAUGUCAAGCGCUUCUUCGCGAUCUUAUUAGAUACGUCAGCUAAGGUUGCAGACUUCUCGCCACCGCAUGAGCAAGACCCAAGCCUCAAAUGGGUUGAUCCCGAGACAAAAAAGCUCUUUCCACCAAUUUUUGAAAUUGACUCAAUGGAUUUAUUUGCAGGUGUGGAGGGGGGUGAAUGGGAAGAGCUACGGAGGUUGAUACUCACGAACAGUGGGAAACUACAGUAUCCAUACACACUGGGUAGGCCGUUGUGGGGAGUGAUCCUUCAAGGAAAAGGCCAGCCGGCACGAGGAACGACUCGUCAAGAUAUCGAAGAUAUCGCCAGAGUUAAAGUUCUUGGAACAGCGCAGGAUCGUCAUUUCAUCACCGAAAUUCAAGGGCUCGCCAUGCUAUCCUAUCGCAUAAAUUUCAACAUUAUUCCGGUGUACGACCUGGCGGACCAGCUCACCGCAGAUUAUCUGCGGUACAUUCUUGACGUAGAUCCAAGCCGGAUGUUCAUUCAGACCUUCCAGCUCUCUGAGCCAGUAUUGGCAAUGACUGCACAGCGGGAGAUGACGAGGUCCUCAGAAAUCCGAGCCCAGGCCAUAAUGUCACUCUACCGCAACAUCACCAAUGGUACGGUGAACGUGGGGGACGCUGGUGAGUUAACUGCUGCUCUGAUACUCCUCUUCGCUGUCGAUACAGUCCAGCCAGUGGGCGGACCACGGCCGCUUAGGCUCUCAACUUUCCUGUCGGCACUUUUUCCCGUUAAGCUUGUUGAAGGAAUACAACUGUGCCUGAAGGAUAGCGAUAGCCUGCGCCCAUUAUGGGACAAUGGAACAAUCUACUUCAACCAUUUCGUGCGACUUGUGGAAGACCCAAAUGAGAACACACUGCAGAAUGCCUACAAGCGGGGCGCCGCCAUCUUCUCUCCAACAUGUUACAUUGGUUGUGAUCUAAUCCUUCCUAUCUACAUGGCGGAGGAAGAUGAGAUCUCAUACGUCAUGAUUCAAGUAAAGAAUAGGAGCAGGGACAAGCUGACUCAGGGGUUUCGAAAUGAGUCGCGAGCAUGCGUGGCAGAUUCAGCUAGACUUUUGGAGCAAACCUCGGGGUGCUCGAGACCACGCUCACAUUUGGGUAUCAUGAUGUCCCUUCGGGGUCAACAAGAACCCGAUGCCCAAUUGAUAUAUUCAAAUAAGGUAUCGAAGGAUGUACCGGAAGAGAAUCGCUACGUCUAUGACAAUCUGGAGUGGCUCGUUAUCGCUGCAGUCGGCAUGAACUUCGCUGUGUAUCCCGGCCUCCUACACCCGAGGGAUAGUGUUGAUCACCCCGGUUAUUCCAACCAGGUUCUGAACAUCCUGAAGAAGCUUUUGGCGACCGAGGUCGAAGUACAUGCAGACGGCAAAAGUAGCUACCGUAGAAACCUGCUGCCGCUGCAUUGA